AAAAGAAACAGGCGGUCCGCGCCAUGCAGGCAUGCACCACUGUUGCGACGUGAACCGCGUGAACGUGAGACUGAGGAUAACCUCUAACAGCUCCAACAUUCGAAAAUCGAAAACUGUUGAAAAUGAAGAUCGUGGAGCGUGUACAGAGUGGAUGAGCCUCUCUUGGUCGCUUAUACUCGCUAGUCGCUCGCUACACAGUCGCUACGAAAGAAUUAAGAAGAGGACAGCUUUGAGAAACAAGCGAGGGUGCGUGCGGCAAACAUGGAAUUUGCCGAAAAUUGGGACAGUGAGGCGGGUGUCUCGGGAAAUGAUGAUAUCGAAGCCGAGGAAAAGGAUGGGCUACCGACCCGCCUUAUUCCUGGAUAUCCAACCUUCGACGAUUACCUUCAGGAUGCAUUCGACGCUAUGAGAGCCGGAAUCAAAGCAGCUAAUAAUCUGCCUGUCGGAGACAAUUUCAACUACUACGCUUGCUUUCCAAGCUUCAAUGACGCCAAACGUAAAGACACAGAGAGAAUUCUGGCUACGAUGCAGAGUGUAAUAAAAAUAGCUGGUGGCUCUACCAACAUCCAAACUCGAGACAUGGACGAAAAGUUUGAUCUUUUACUGGAAACCAACGAUCAGCUGUUAGAUCAAGCUAAUAUAUUGAUGGACGAGGAAAGUGGAAUUUUACGAAAUCCUCAGGUGGAGUUAGUCGUGUCGCAAAUUCCAAAACCAGUUGUGAAUGGCACUUGGAAUAUAAGGACUAAUCAUCUCGACCAAGUCUCGGCUAGUUCGGAGAAAGUACGCUUGUUGGGUGGUAAAAAUGUACAAAGACCACAAUUGAUGUUCAAAGAUAAAAUUGACAAUAGUCCGAAGCCAUGGAUGCCUCGAAUCAAGGAGAAACCAAACUCCCUGAAGCCGUUGGCUCUCUAUGUCGAGGAAGGCGAACACGGCGAGGUCUUCAAUCACCCUUACGAGUUUGAGCUGGAUAAGUUUGAAACGCCGGAAUGUCAAUUGACCAAGACGAUACCCGUCAAGUACAAGUCGUUGGACGAUACCGACGUCAUAUUUAUCGACAAGCCAGCCGAUAUCAAAAUUCUCUUGGAAGAUCUGCGAACGCAUAAGGAGAUAGCUGUCGAUUUGGAGCAUCACUCUUACAGAACGUUUCAAGGCAUAACUUGCCUAAUGCAGAUAUCAACGACAACAACCGAUUAUUUAAUUGAUACUUUGACCCUGCGAUCAGAGUUACAUCAACUCAACGAAAUCUUUACGAAACCUUCGAUCCUCAAGGUCUUUCACGGCGCCGACAUGGACAUUUUCUGGCUUCAAAGGGACUUGUCGCUCUACGUAGUCAACAUGUUUGACACCCAUCAAGCCGCGAAACAGCUCAACCUACCCUAUCUCAAUCUAGCUUAUCUGUUAAACAAAUAUUGCGGUAUAGAUCCCAAUAAACAGUUUCAAUUGGCCGACUGGCGUAUAAGGCCUCUACCGUUAGAACUGAUGAAAUACGCGAGAGAAGAUACGCACUAUCUACUUUACAUAAAGGACAUGCUGAAGAACGAGUUGAUCGACGUGGCUAACGGCAAGAAGAAUAUCUUGAAGGCUGUGUACGAUCAAAGCACCGAGAUUUGUAAGCGCACAUACGCGAAACCAAUUUGGACGGAGGAAAGUUGUAUCAACCUAUACAGGAAGAGUCAGAAGUCUUUCAACAAUAAGCAGAUGUAUGCGCUCAUCGAAUUGCACAGAUGGCGAGAUCUCACCGCGAGGGAGGAGGACGACAGUAUCGGCUACGUGUUACCGAACCACAUGCUGCUCAACAUAGCUGAGACCCUGCCACGCGAGAUGCAGGGUAUUCUGGCAUGUUGUAAUCCAAUCCCGCCAUUAGUGCGACAAAACUUAUUGAAAAUGCACAAGAUAGUGCUGAAGGCUAGGGAGCAGCCGCUUGUACAAUCUAUUCUUGAGCAGGAUAUUCGGCAGAGACCGACGCAACAGAAUCACGCGACGGACACCGGGGCUUCCCUAUAUGUACCGCACGAUGUUCCGAGCGGCACAGAAGCGAGAGCGGACUUGCCAUGUCUUUUGGAUAAGACGGCCGUGUCAGGAUCAUUGCCAGAGGCAAGCAUGUGUCGGAUGGUAAAGCCUACUGUAACGAUAUUCGAUACACCAGUUACAUCAGAGGACGAAUUUCAGGAUGGAAUGAAAGGCAGUAAGAGAGAAGAUAAAAAGAAGACUAUAUUUAUAAGCCCGUUUAUGAGAUACAAAUGUGUCAUACCAAUGAUAAUGGAUCAGGAAACUAAAGAACGUGAGACACGACAAGAAAAGAGGGAAAAAGAAAAAGAAGAAGAAGAGGGUCCGAGUGUAAAAAUCGAGGACGAAUAUGUAGACGAGGCUGAGAUUAACGAGAGUAAAAAUAGAGUUCAUGAACACUUUAAACAGGUAUCUCAAACAAAUAAACAAGUUGCGACUCUGCCGAAAAAGAAGAAGAAGAAGAAAUCUAAGCAAUUAAUUCUAAGCCAGAUACAUGGCGGAAAAAGGAAGAGACAAUUUAAUAUUGGAAAUGAGUAUCAGAAAAAGAAGGGCGACAAUGACUUUUCUACGGUGCCGACACCGUAUUUGGAUGCUGGAACUAUGCAUGUGUCCAAGAAAGCAAAACAAGCACAGGAAGCGACCGAAGAACGGGAGAUGCAAGAGAGCCUCGCGCAAGUUCAGAGUGACAAUAAUUCUGAAACAGCGAAAUCGAUAAGAGCUAGGAAAAAAGGCGAUAGGAAAGCGAACCAGAAGCUGCUGAAGAAACAGGGUAUGUUACCAUCCGAAAAAUUCGAUUACAAAUCAGUAGACUUCAGCAGCUUCCAAGGUGGCAGUACGCAAAGUAACGCAAAUCAGUCACAGUUUCAGCAACCUCGAGUAAACCGAAAAAAAGUUGUUUGUCUAGAGACUUUCUGUAGAUUAGUCGUGGCUUAUCUAGCCAAAUGUAACGAUUGGGUAUUUCGUAUAUACAGAUAUAUAUUAAUCGAGGGUAACACAAGUACCAUGCCGUGUCGUGCCAUCACAUCACAAGUCAACGGGCUAAGGUGCACAACGAUGAUAUUUAUCGUUCUCGCGUUUGCCGUGUUGUAUCAAUGUUCCAUGGGGGAGUGUUCUCGCCUGUGGAAUCCGCAUGCGACGAACGUGUCUCAGCUUUUUGAAUAUGCAUCGAACAAAACGACACUCGUUACAAAAGCUGUGCCUCUAUUGAAUGAGACUACCCUGACGAAUUUUACAUACACGUUGUCCACUCGCGUAGGCAACGCGAGCGAGUCGUCGCAAGUAGACUGUUUCGGGCUGGGAAAGACAGUCGCGGUGGCUCUGGAAUGGUUCUUCAGGAGUAAGCCUAACGGGAGUGACGCCCUGGACGUGCAGUUUUUUCUGUCCUCUAGGAAGCAGCCGCAUCGCGUGCAAGUGGUGCUCGGCGAGCAGUUCGGUUUAGAAUGGACAGACUUCAAGAUAGAACGCAGGACGGUGAUCAUAGUGCAUGGUUUCCUGUCUCACGGCCAGGAGACAUGGAUCAGAGAUAUGGAAAAAGCGUUACUCGAAUGGGAUGACAUUAACGUGGUGAUAAUAGAUUGGAGCGCUGGCGGUAAUACGUGGAAUUAUUAUAAGGCAGCGGUUAACACCAGAAUAGUGGGAUAUCAAGUAUCAAAAUUUGUAGAACACGUAACAAACGCUACGAUCAACAAUAACGGGCCAGGUGUGAAUAAUUGGGGCCCUUUGCAUCUGGUAGGACAUAGUCUCGGCGCUCACAUUUGCGGAUUCGCCGCAAGAGAGCUAAACAAAAGGCAGAACAGAUGGACUGUGCAGAGAAUCACCGGUUUGGAUCCAGCGCAGCCGUGUUUUCGCAAUACUGACACGUCUGUUCACUUACAUAAAAGUGACGCACCGUUCGUUGACGUGAUACAUACAAACGGCAGAUUACUCACGAGUCUAGGUCUUGGCUUACCCGAAGCUAUAGGUCACAUUGAUUUCUAUCCAAAUGGCGGUAAAAUACAACCUGGCUGUGCAAAAUCGGAAUCAUCGUACUUUAAUUAUUUGCCGAUUCCUGUAACUGAGAUAAAACGAGCGAUAUGUAGCCACGGACGUUCUUACGUCUAUCUCACUGAAUCUUUGAUAUCCGAUACCGCGCACAAUUGCAGUUUCUGGGCACAUCAAUGGAAUUUGACAUAUAGGCAUCUUUUACAAAUAAUCGCGGAACCAUGCAGUAGAAACAUCUGCACGGAAAUGGGCAUUAGAGCAGAAAAAUACAAUCAGCGUGGAAGCUUUUUCGUGCCUACAGCCAGUAUUAGUCCAUUUUGCGCCAAUAGCACCGACGUCAUAGAGGAGGUAAAGAGGCAACUGCAACAGGAUCACUUUGGCGACACGGAGGAUUGACAAAUUGCAUAUUGUACUAGACAACUUAUUUGCAAAUAAAUGUGUUAGUAUACUGUGGUAA